AUGCGAAUUGAUCAUCUUGCAACGGAGCUGCUGCUCCAUAUAUUUCGAUCAUGCGACUCAGUCUCCGAUGUCUUGAAUCUAUCAGUCAUCUGCCGCCGAUUGCACCGCGUCCUCAACUCAACAUGCAAACUGCAUAUCUUAGCCAGUGCCGCGGAGACCGAAUUUGGUCCCUUCGUCGAUGUCAUUCAAGUUGUGACGCAAAAUGAAAGCCAGCCUGCUCAUCUCAUCCGACAUCCCCCUAUGUCUGAUUUCCUUCUGAAACAAGUCAUUCAGCUGGGUAUGGUAGCGCGAAAAUGGGAGACGAUCUACCCAUUUAAGAAGUGGAAGAUAGAUUUUGAGAAUCGUCGCUUGCUCACCGACGAAGAGCGAUUCCGGCUGCGCCGCGCAGUAUACCGACUAUGGCUGUAUCACAGUGCAUUCCAUUCUCAUGUUUAUGAUCGCUAUUCUCGUAGUCUUCGCCAUGUGGUGUUGGAGCGCGCUCAGUUGCUUCACAACUGGUCCACCCAAGAGCUGGCCGAGAUUGAGGAUUUGCGCCUUGUCAUGUGUGAUAUUGUCCAGAAUCACAUAUGUCCUAGUAAUGGGACUAUCCAACGCAAAUUCCGCAAGCGUUAUCCAGACAGCAGCCAGCAACUCUCGUUCAAUAUCCACCUCAAUUAUCCUCCACUUUCAACUAUUUCUCUGUCUUCUCAAGGUCACACCUUGGUUCAGAAAGACCCUGCUGCCUCGAUCCAACGAUACUUCCAUACGGCGCAUCCGAGUAAUUACGCCGAAUCGCCAGCCAAAUACCGGUCUCGGUUUCGCAAUGACCUCUCCCAUGACCCAGGCUAUGAAGGUUGGGGUGACGAGAUCCCGCAUUACUAUAUUAUGCAGGACAUGCUGAAGCUCGAUCCUGGCCAAAUUUUAUGGCUGCGCGACCAUGCUUUGCUGAAGGAACAGGUAGAGGAGUACGUCUGGUCUCUAGGGGAAUGGUUUCGCAACAACGGCGAAACGUUUGGUGACACGUUGGAAUAUGUUAUGAAUGAACGUGGGCUCGAGGUUGGAGAAUUGCGAUCUGCAGUGGCUGACCGUGACAUGGGCAUUGUCCUAGGCUAG